UUUUUUUUUUCUUUUUUUUUCACCUCAUCCCACGCUCACAGCCCCCAAACACACAACAACAAUGGCCAAGACCAAGGAGGAGUCGAGCAAGGCGAAGGCCGUCAAGGACACCAAGAAGGAGAAGGAGAGCAAGAAGAGCACCAAGGAGCAGGACGACUCUGACAACGAGGGCGCUCUUGAGCUCGACUACGACCUGCUCGUCUCGCGCGUCUCGGUCAUUGCCAAGCCGCUCGCCAACAAGAAGCUCACCAAGAAGGUCCUCAAGACAGUCAAGAAGGCUGCCAAGGCAAAGCAAAUCCGCCGCGGUGUCAAGGAAGUCGUCAAGGCCCUCAAGAAGAAGGAAACUGGCGUCGUUAUCAUUGCUGGUGACAUCUCACCCAUCGAUGUCGUUGCUCACAUUCCCGUUCUCUGCGAGGAGAUGAGCGUCCCGUACGUGUACGUCCCUUCCAAGGAGCAACUCGGUGCUGCCGGCUCCACCAAGCGCCCCACCAGUGUUGUUCUCGUCAAGCAAAACAAGGACAUUAAGGAGGCUUUCGAUGAGACUGUUGCUGAAGUCAAGGCAUUGCCAGCACCAUUCUAAAAGAGGAAAUGGGUGUUUUGUUCCUUGCGGUUGUUUGUUUGUUGUUGGUUGUGUUCUCCUCCUCCGUGUUUUCGCCUGGAGGAAGAAGUUAUAAAAGAAGUUACAAAAAUUACCCCCAAAGCCCGAUCCUUCGAUGUUGUUGAGCGGUACCAAGUCAAAAACGAAAUUGGAU